AUGACUCAAACAAGGACGAGUGCUUUCACUCGCCCACCUUUUAACCCGCUGAUCAAUCCGGUUCAUUCCAAGCCAGUCCUGGUCGAAGACCACAUCGAAUCCCAACGCCACAUCUUUCUCUCGCGCCCAUAUUGCGGUGCCCUCCUCUUCGAAAACAGCACCUCAGAUGCACGCGACCACUGCGCCAACGAGCGCACAUUCCUCUCAUGGCUCCGACUAUCAAUGUAUCUAGCGGUCGUGUCGCUGGCGAUCAUCAUCUCCUUCCAUUUCCGCGAUCAGCCUACCGGUCUUGAGAAGCGUAUGGCUUUGCCGCUGGGUAUUAUCUUUUGGAUUCUUAGUCUUACCUGUUUGGCUAAUGGGUUUUUAAAUUACUCGCGGACUGUUAUGAAGUAUGCACGGAAGGCGGCGUUGGUGCAGAGUGGGUGGAAGACGCAGGUUGUUUUUACGGUUGUUGGUACUGUUAUUCUUGGGAGUUGUAUUUUGUUUUUAUCGACGGAUCCGCAGCAGUGA